GUUGCUUGAAUCCGGCCCGCCUGGGCGAGCCAUCUUGCUGCUCACUCUGCAGACCGCUGAGCUGUACAUUCUCGGUCCGAGGGGAAGUGGAGCCGCCAUGCCGCACUAUCAGACCUGGGAGGAGUUCACCCGCGCGGCCGAGAAACUCUACAUGUCCGACCCCAUGAAGGUGCGUGUGGUACUGAAAUAUCGGCACUGUGAUGGUAAUCUGUGCAUUAAAGUAACAGAUGAUGUAGUUUGUCUGCUCUAUAGGACAGACCAGGCUCAAGAUGUAAAGAAGAUAGAGAAAUUCCACAGUCAACUAAUGCGACUCAUGGUAGCCAAAGAAUCCCGCAGUGUUGUCAUGGAAACAGACUGAAUAGUUGGAAAUAAAAUGAAUGCUCCAGUCAUAUUUCACAGGAGGAAAAUAUCGUUGGAUAUGGGCAGAUUUUUCGACAGAAGAAGUGUGGCAUAAAGUGGAUUGUAAAGGGGGUUUUAUAAGGAUUUUCAGGCUCCACUUCAGAGUGGUGAGAAGACUAUAUGCUUUCAUUUGAAAGCCUCUAUUUAUUUUUUUAAUUUGAGCAAAAGAGUAUAUCCUCUGCUGGAAAUACUGAAGGUUAAAAUAUGUUAGGGUAGAUUUGUACAUUUUCUUUUGUAAAUCUCAGCACUCUGCUUAAAAAUACAUGGGAGGGAGCAAGUGUCCUCCUUUGAGGGGACUUCAAGAUGCUAUCAUAGAGGAGUUUUUGCUUGUUCUUAAUGAAUUUUAUGUUGCUGUGUUGGCUAAAGUGAGAAGAACAAUGAAUUACUAAUGUAGAAAUUAGUAAUAAGGGGUGUAAUAAGCCUUUAUGUAUGGAUAUAGAAUUGAGUUAGCGAUAGCAUCUUCCAAAUGGAUUAAAAUUGCCAAAAUGAAUAGUUGGCAAUACAGCUAAGCCUGUGUAUAAACAUUUUAUGGAUCUGAAAAACUGAUACUGGCCUGAAAAUCAUCAAUAUAUAUUGAUUACUUAGUAGUUAUCUAAAAUUUGAUAAGGAAUAAAUAGCAGGCAAGUGUUCACAGCAACAGAUUCAGGACUUUAUUUGGACUGUCUUAUUCUGGACUUGCCCAAUGUGGUUUGUUGCAGCUAAAACAUCUGUACAAGUUUUUUAAAUGUCCUUUACCACAUUGCUUUCACUUUUUAAGCUUUAAAUGUUUUUGUUGUUAUAAAGGUAUCAUAAUCACCAAACACUAAAAUUGGUGCUACAAUAUGAGUGGUAUUGCAUAUUGUUAAAUACAGCAGUCGAGAGAGGGAAAGCUUAGCUACUACAUAAAUUGUAGGUAUGUAUGUACGUACUUAGUGUCAAAUCAUAACUGUUUUCAUGAUGCCUCUUCUCUGAGAAAGCAGUCUUUUCAUAUUGUCUUCAUAUGUUAUAGAAACCAUUACAAGGGGGGUGUUGGUCACACAAGUAUGCUUCAUACAGCAUGGUGAUUUGUCUGAUGCCACUUCAGGUGCUGAUAUGAGAUCAGCAAAAUAAAGUACUUGCCAGUACCACUGCCUCUUAUAAUGUUGCCUUUCUCCAUAAUUUAUAUUGCAUUAAUAUAAAAAUCUGUGCUUCUCAUUGGGAUUGAACUCCAGUCAUUUUCACCUUUUACAGUUUGCGUGCUAUAGAGAGGUUCAUUCUUGAGUCUGCUUAUUUUUUUCAGCAUUAUACUGCAACCAUUUCAAAGGCCAGCUGCCUUCCAUAUUCUUCCUACUAAAGCACUUGUUUUCCCUGAUUUCUUCAACAUAGUGAACCUAGUCGUAGUCCACAUUUAGAGUACUUUAGGCCUAUAGAGUGAGAUGAGCGCCGCAACCCUAGAUUCGGACACGACUGGACCUGAUGGUCAGGGGCCCCUUUACCUUUAUAUUAUUUUUUGCUUGUGCAAACCCUGAUAUUAAAAAAUUGAACUAUGCAGACUGUUUACUUAUCUGUGCAUGCAACACCAGUUUGAACAAUGAGCGCAAGGCAUACCUUUGCCUUGUGUACACAGAGAGUUAUGGACUACAUUUUCUUACCUUCCCUCUCUGAGGUGGGUGAAGCCUGAGCAAAGGAGAGGAAGAGGGAAAAGUUGGAGCAUGGAAUAAGAUACAGUGGUACCUCGGUUUAUGAACACAAUUGGUUCCAGAAGUCUGUUCAUAAACUGAAGCGAACUUUCCCAUUGAAAGUAAUGGAAAGUGGAUUAAUCUGUUCCAGACGGUCUGCGGAGUACUUAAACUGAAGCAUUCAUAAACUGAAGCGCACUUUCCCUUUGAAAGUAAUGGAAAGUGGAUUAAUCCAUUCCAGACGGGUCCGCGGAGUACUCAACCUGAAGCGUACUUAACCCGAAGCAUGGGUGUAAUUGGUUCCGGAAGUCUGUUCAUAAACUGAAGCGUUCAUAAACUGAAGCAAACUUUCCCAUUGAAAGUAAUAGAAAGUGAAUUUAUCUGUUCCAGAUGGGUCCGCGGCAUUCGUAAACCGAAAAUUCGUAAGCCAAGGUGUUAAUAAACCGAGGUUCCACUGUACAUGCAAGCAGAUGGGAAUAUCCUUUGGUCCUUCUGCUCUCAUAACAAAAAGAACCUGCUGGAUCAGGCCAUCCAUUCUAGCAUCCUGUUUUCACAGUGGCCAGCCAGAUGCCUAUGGGAAACCCAAAAGCAGGAAUUGAGCAUAAUAGCAGACUAGCUAUCUGUGCCCAAGCACAUAUCUUGGCCAUUUAAACAUUAAACCAUACUUUAGUGUUAAGUCCAAACACACAGGUUCUAAGGAGCUGAAUAGGCAGAUAGAUUACAUUACCCAAAUGACAUAGUUAAACCUUUUCUAGUGAAGGGUUGCAUUUCGACUUUUGCCUAAUGCCUUGUUGAAGAAGGCCGUGCUCUAAGCUAUAUCUUACUGUGAAUGAGCAGUGUUUGUUCUUGGCUUCCUGAUUCUGGUUUAUUUGGGUUAGGAAAUCAUGGUUUGUUGCUGCUGUUCACACUAAGUAAGAGCAGCAACAUGCACUGGUUUUUGGCUUGCCCUGAUGGAACGUAGCCAAUGAUUUGGUUGUAAAAGCCUAGUACUGAGUAUGCAAAGGAUUCUUCUCAGCCUCAGGUUUGAGUGACAAGGAAUGGUAAAUGACUGAUCUCUUAUUUUUAUUAAAAUGCUCUUUUAUUCUUCAAAUACUAGAGGCUCUGCUAUUAUAUAAUCUUAGUAGCACCAUACAGGUGGGUGUGUUUCCUAGAAAAUGGCUACUUGUGUUUUGUUUUUCUUGUUUCUCUAAAUUUUCAUUUAUUCUACUUGAUCUCAUGUAUGCCUAUGUUUAGCCAGACAUUGACUAGUGGUGGUUGUUGUGUUGUGGUGGUUGUUGUUUUUCAGAUAAUUGUGUUUGGGAUUUCAGCUAUAGAGAAUGCUGAGGACUAGGCAACCACAUUUCACACUCAAAAGCCACUAGCAUCCUAUAAACGUGUAGCUAUGAUGGCACAUGGGGGGGGGUGUUUAGCACAAUUAUAAUUGCAGCUUGCUACUGCAUUUCGUAUAACAGAGUGAGCUUGUUUAGCUGGUUCUCUGCUGUUCACUUUCUUCAGGAUCCUAAUUGGUAACUGGCUCCACUUCCUUUUCUCAGUUCUGUAUGAGGCUACCAUGUGCUAGAUGCAAUGAUAGUUAUUAAAAGCAUCUGAGUCAUCCUUGCUGUAAUGCUGCAGUUAAAAAGUGGUUCAUCAAUACAGUAUUAUCACAUCUAAUCAAGAGCGUACCUUAUGAAAUAUGUAAUUGGGCUUAAUUUUUCCUCCCUCUGAUUUUUUUUUUAAAUCUAUGUCUUUGUGAGGAUGGUACAAUGCAAAGUAUUGAUAGCAGGGUCUACUUGUGACCUGAAAGGGCAUACAUACAGUGGUACCUCGGGUUACAGACGCUUCAAGUUACAGACUCCACUAACCCAGAAAUAGUGCCUUGGGUUAAGAACUUUGCUUCAGGGUGAGAACAGAAAUCGUGCGGGGCGGCGGCAGGAGGCCCCAUUAGCUAAAGUGGUACCUCAGGUUAACAGUUUCAGGUUAUGAACAGACCUCCAGAGCGAAUUAAGUUCUUAACCCGAGGUACCACUGUAUAUCGGAAUAAUUAGGGGAUUUACUUACUCAGCAUAUCUUAUAUCAAAACCAGGCACUUGGAAUUUUUUAGAACAGUAGACUCUAUAUUAGUGCUGUGUUCUUAAUGGCGUCCUGACACCCACAGUAGCAUCCCUUCCAAAAAUCAAAAGCAGGUAUGAAUAUACAAAUGGAGGGAGGCCUUGAGAUAUUGGCCCAUCAAUGAUUAUGAAGGCCUCACUGAAGAGUUAAAAAAUUGCCUGCUAGGGUGUUAUUUUCUUCUUAAAAAUCCACAUUCUAGCCAGGCUAGAAAUAACCUCACUGACUUUCCUAUUCCAUUCCCCCCCCCCCCCGGU